AUGUUCUGCCACACAGAGAUGGUCAGCAGUCAGCCUGUCCCCAUAGCAGACAGUGGGAAAAGGAAAAAGAAAAAAAGGACCAGAGCCACAGAUCAGGUCCCUGGGAAGUUCGAAGACUUGUACAAGCUGACUGCUGAGCUGCUUGGUGAGGGAGCAUAUGCUAAAGUUCAGGGUGCUGUCAGUCUCCAAACUGGGAAAGAAUAUGCAGUGAAAAUCAUUGAAAAAAAUGCUGGGCAUAGUCGUAGUCGGGUUUUUCGUGAAAUAGAAACUCUGUACCAGUGUCAAGGUAACAGGAACAUUUUGGAGUUAAUAGAAUUUUUUGAAGAUGACACAAGAUACUACCUGGUCUUUGAGAAGCUGCGAGGAGGUUCAAUCCUGGCCCAUAUACAAAAGAGGAAGCACUUCAAUGAACGAGAAGCAAGCAAAGUGGUGAGAGACAUUGCCUCUGCUCUGGACUUUCUUCAUACAAAAGGUAUUGCUCAUAGGGACCUGAAGCCUGAAAACAUCCUGUGUGAAUCUCCAGAAAAGAUAUCACCAGUAAAAAUAUGUGACUUUGAUCUUGGCAGUGGGGUGAAGCUGAACAGUGCAUGUACUCCGAUAACUACUCCUGAAUUAACAACGCCGUGUGGCUCUGCAGAAUACAUGGCACCCGAAGUGGUGGAAGUCUUCAUGGAGGAGGCCACGUUCUAUGACAAGAGGUGUGAUCUGUGGAGCCUGGGGGUGAUUCUGUACAUCAUGCUCAGUGGUUACCCCCCUUUUGUGGGCAACUGCGGCACGGACUGUGGCUGGGACAGAGGAGAAGUUUGCAGAGUUUGCCAGAACAAGCUUUUUGAGAGCAUCCAGGAAGGCAAAUAUGAAUUUCCUGACAAGGACUGGUCACAUAUUUCCUCUGAGGCCAAAGAUCUCAUCUCAAAGCUGCUGGUUUGUGAUGCCAAAGAAAGACUUAGUGCUGCUCAAGUUUUGCAACAUUCAUGGGUUCAAGGACAGGCUCCUGAAAGGGGAUUGCCCACCCCUCAAGUGCUUCAAAGGAACAGCAGCACGAAGGACCUGACCCUGUUUGCUGCCGAGGCCAUAGCCCUGAACCGGCAGCUGUCCCAGCACGAGAGCGAGCUGAGCUCGGAGCAGGAGAACGCCGCCCACGCUGUCUGCUCCAUGAAACUGUCCCCUCCCUCCAAAUCCCGCCUGGCCAGGCGCAGGGCCAUGGCACACGCCACCAAAACCAGCGACUUCCAGCCAGUUCCCCAUAAAGCCUUCUAA